CCCUCCCAGCCCCUCCCCUCCUCCACCACCCCCUCCUCCUCGUCAGCAGCAGACACCUCCCGCCAGUCCGGCAGCCCUCAACCCACACACCCCACCUCCCAGCCCCAGCCAGCCAUCACAUCCCCCUUCUCCCGUGCCACCUAGCCCUCCAAUGCAUCCUUCACCAAGCCCCAGCCCCCAAACACCACCUCGCUCCCCACUUCCAUCCACCUCCCCAAGCCCCAUCCCGUCUUCGCCGCCCAGCUCGCCACUGCCCCGUACCCCACCUCCCAUCCCACCUCCAACCUCCCCAUCCCCAUCGCCACCCUCGCCGCCUCCUUCCACACCUCCUCCUCCAACAAAGUCCCCAAGUCUUCCGCCCCGUCGUCUCCGCUCCCCACCACCUCCCAGCCAGCCCUCGCCGCCACCCCCUGCGCCCACGUACUGGGCCACAUCCGCAUCUGGACCCUUUGAUGUCAACGGGACCAGCACUGCGCCUGGCUCCGUGAGUAAGCUCGUGGGGCCUCCCAGCUCCCAAGUCACUGACAUCAAGGCCUGCAGGGCUGCACUUGCGCUGGGCUGGGUGGCUACUAUCAAGAACCCCCGUUACGUGGUGGCCUACUUCAACCAGACCCCGGCUGCUCGGGUCAGCCAGCUUGCUGCCGUGAAGCUCUACGUGCUCAGCAGUGGAACCCUCCGCCCCGCCAUCUCCUCCAUCGAGCUGCUGCUGCGGACGCCGGGAGCACAUAAUGACACCCUGGCAGUCACGAUGUAUACGGGGGGUGCACAGCAGUCACUGAAGUGCGCAGCCCUCAACCAGAUUGCCGUGGUACCUCUUGCGCUGCAGCCGCGCAUGACGGCAGAUGCACUCAACACGGCUGAGGUGGUUGCUGUGCGGAUCAGGGUCAACAAUCAGACCACGAACAACAAGGCGGAUCUGCCGGUGCUGGCCGCUGUUGGUUUGGACCUCCAGCAGUAAUUAAAAGAGCCGGUUCGCCCGGUUUGACCUGCUCGACAUAAACGCAAAUGGUUAUGGCUAUUGGUAUUGGUAAUCAAUCUAUAGACGUGUUGUGAUUCCUUUGCGCGCUUCCGCGCUGUGUCUCAGUCUUGCCGUACAUGGAUGUACGUGUUGCUCAUUGGAUCUUUCUGUCUAGUACUGCUGGGCGACAGUACUACUGCUAUCUCGUACUGUUGUACGAAGGGCCGUUACGUGGCUACUACCCGUUCCCCUCUUCGUUCUUUGUUAGCACGAAAACUUGGCACUUUAAAGCCAUCCUUACUUGGGCAAUGCUGGACAUCUGGUAGUAUCACAUGGAAUAUGGCGUCGUGUAUGUUGUGUCGUAGCUUGUUGUCCUUGUGGCGGCAUGUUCUGCGUGGUCGGACUUCCUUUAUGAGGUGUGUGUGUUUCGCUGUUUCGAUUCUACUCUUACUUUUGUCACGCUGAUUUGUUGCUUCUGUACCUUCGGCGGUUGCAUCCGGCUUUUGGUCCCCUAUCAUUGUUGACAGCGUCCAGGAGGGGGCCUUGGUUGGGUGUGGAUGGUUUGCCUGAGGAUAUUUGUCGGGUUGUGACUUCUAUGGCAAUUUUACCGCCAGUUACUGACAUUGGGUCGGAGCCUUUGGUACCGGGUAGCUGGUGUUGGGGUGUUCCGUUGUGGGGUAACCCUUUCUUGCCGGUUGGGCUGCCGGGCCAACCUGGUGUGUUGGGUUUGGAACACCACUAUCCGGUGCUCGUUCAUUGCCAUGCCCUGCGUUCAUUGGGUAUGUGUGUGGCUGCCCUGGCUCAACUUCGUUGUUUUGAGGACACGUGGGAUUCAGCGUUGUUGAACGGUGUGUCAGGGGUUGCUGAGGGCAGGGUGAUGGAGAGGUGCUGGUCCGCUCUUGUACGUCGGUUUUUGGACCCGGCGUCCCCGGAUGCCUGUGCUCUUUGUUCGUUGGAUAGGUGUCGUGAUCUUUUGACGUCUCUUGAGUCGUUGUUGGGUGCGGUGCCUGUGGCUUGGGUGGAGGCUGCUGAGGCUUUUCUUGUUGAUGCCUUGCCGCCCCAACCUCCGCCGGCUUCUGAGGUUGAUGCUUGGCAGGUUUUGGUUCCACGUUUGGGGUGGCAGUUGCCUCAUGUUGGCGCCGUUCCUUUGAGGAAUCUGUCGGUUCGGAUGGCUACCGUUCUUCAGCUUGGGGGUGUGUUUGAGGAACGUGCUGUGUUGCAUGCGGCUUUUAUUCGGGAGGCCCUGGGGUUACCUGCUACCCAGCAGCUUCCUGAGGGUGUCUUGGAUGGCCUUCGUGAUUCUUUCCAGCGUCUUUGGUCGAUUCGUUGGGAGAAUGGUUUCAAGGAAGCGUUUUGGCGUCUUUCUAUUGAUGGGGUUCCCUUGCUGGGGAAUUCUCAUAUGUCUAGGGCUCGUCCGGAAUGUUGUGGUUGUGGGUCCGUUGUCUUGGGGGUGUCUUCGCGGUUGCAUUUUUUCUGGGCUUGUCCUGUUGCUCGUGCUGUGGUUGAGCAGCUUGAGGUCACGCUGGGUGUUGCGGUUCCUCGGGCUGCCUUGUGGUUGGCGUUGCCUCCUUCGGGCGUGCAGCAGUGCGUUUGGGAUGUUGUUGUUUUGGCUGCUUUGUCCGCUAUGGAGGAGGGUCGGCGGUUGUUACGGGCUCGUGUACGUGAGUCCGGUUCUGCGGGUGUUGUGCCUGGGCUUGCUGAUGUGGUGGCCCUGUCUGCUGUUUCCUGGUUCUGGGGUCAGCUUCGGGGUUUUGCUUGUUUGGGUGUUCCCCGUCGGGGAUGGGCUGGGGUUGGCCCUUCUCAUCCUUUCUUACGUCUUGUUGGCGGGCGGUUUUCUGUGGGCCGUUGAGCGUCCUGUUUUUGGCCCUGAUGUCUUUGGGGUGGUGUGUUCGUGGCUUCCGGUUUGGGUUGUCUUAUGCCCUAGAUGAGGUUUGUCGAGGUUUGCUGAGCGGCCUUUUUUGGCUUCUACCCUCUUGUUUCCCUCCUGAGGUUUCUUUGAGGGCUAUGUCUCCCAUCUUGUUGGCCCGUUGUGGUGCUGUCUCUACGGUUUGUUCCGUUUCUUUUGCAAUGUAGGGUUGGGUUCAUCACCCGUGUUCCCUUUUAGGGCACCAUUGUAACGGUCAUUCAUUCACCUACCUGUCUUGCUUGUUAACUCUUUAAAGAAGAUUACAGUUUGCACAUCCUGAGCCGCAGGGUGUACCGGGUCAUCAAUUGAUACCGUAUUGCCCACAAUAUAAUUGACAAAAAUAAAAUGUUUUGGGUUUUGUCAAAUGGGGCGAAAAUGUAUUUUUGCCAUGUCAAAUGGGGCUGGAAAUUCGCUGGCAAGGUGUCAAAUGGGGGCAAAAUAUUCCGCCUGCAGGGGUGACUGCAGGGUAACUAGGAUGGGAACGGAGAGGUAGGGGGCAACUGACUUGCCAGUGCGCUGGAUCCUCACCGCGCCAUGCCCAGUCGGGGUUCCAAAUGGUGUUCAAUUUAUCCUCCAAGGGCUACACAGCGGCAUACAGCUGAACAGCUCCUUUCCUUACCAUGUUACAUCCAACACGUACGGCGGGUUUUGAGGCGUUUUGGCGCAUGUCAAAUGGGGCUAGAAAUUCGCCAUCAGGAAGUCAAAUGGGGCAUAAAUUAUUCCCGCUUUGUCAAAUGGGGCUGGAAAAUAGGCCUCCAAACGCAUGUCAAUUAAAUUUUGGGCAAUACGGUAGCUACGGUUGUACGGUUCGGAUCUUGCUAGUGCUCCCUUUUAGGGAACCAUUGCAACGGUUAUUCAUUCGGUCAAGGGGUUUUGUCCCCAAAGCACUUAGCAAUGGUAAACAGGAACAGGAAUACGGUGCUUGUAACAGUCCUAC